CCGCCGUCGCCCUAGCCCGCGCCGAGCGUGCGCCUCGCCCUCCUCCCGCGCCCGCUCUGCUCUAGGAUGCUGCGGCAGGUUCUGCACCGGGGCUUGAGGACGUGUUUCUCCCGGCUUGGCCACUUCAUUGCCAGUCACCCGGUCUUCUUCGCUUCGGCGCCCGUGCUCAUCUCCAUCCUGCUCGGCGCCAGCUUUAGCCGCUACCAGGUCGAAGAGAGCGUGGAGCACCUGCUGGCGCCCCAGCACAGCCUAGCCAAGAUCGAGCGCAACCUAGUCAACAGCCUCUUCCUGGUCAACCGCUCCAAGCACCGGCUCUACUCGGACCUGCAGACCCCUGGGCGCUACGGCCGGGUCAUCGUCACCUCCUUCCAAAAAGCUAACAUGCUGGACCAGCAUCACACGGACCUGAUCUUAAAGUUACAUACUGCUGUAACCAAGAUUCAGGUUCCAAGGCCUGGCUUUAACUAUACAUUUGCACACAUAUGUGUCCUGAAUAAUGAUAAGACUUGCAUUGUGGAUGACAUAAUACAUGUCCUGGAAGAGUUAAAGAAUGCUCGGACCACCAAUCGGACCAACUUUGCUAUCACAUAUCCCAUCACUCACUUAAAGGAUGGAAGGGCUGUCUAUAAUGGGCACCAACUUGGAGGUGUCACUGUCCACAGCAAGGAUCGGGUAAAAUCUGCGGAGGCCAUUCAGCUCACUUACUAUCUGCAGUCAAUCAACAGUCUCAAUGACAUGGUAGCUGAGAGGUGGGAAUCCAGCUUCUGCGACACUGUCAAACUAUUCCAGAAAUCCAACAACAAAGUCAAAAUAUACCCAUACACAUCCUCAUCACUGAGGGAAGAUUUCCAGAAGACCAGCCGUGUAUCAGAACGUUACCUGGUCACCAGCCUGAUCCUGGUAGUCACCAUGGCCAUCCUCUGCUGCUCGAUGCAGGACUGUGUCCGCAGCAAACCCUGGUUGGGCCUACUUGGGUUGGUGAGCAUAAGCCUAGCCACUCUCACUGCAGCUGGAAUCAUCAAUCUUACUGGUGGAAAAUACAAUUCCACCUUCCUGGGACUCCCUUUCGUCAUGCUAGGUCAUGGAUUAUAUGGGACUUUUGAAAUGUUAUCCUCGUGGAGGAAAACUAGAGAGGACCAACAUGUUAAAGAGCGAACUGCAGAAGUCUAUGCAGACUCCAUGCUCUCCUUCUCUCUCACCACUGCCAUGUACUUGGUCACCUUCGGCAUAGGGGCCAGCCCUUUCACGAACAUCGAGGCAGCCAGGAUUUUCUGCUGCAAUUCCUGUAUUGCAAUCCUCUUCAACUAUCUCUAUGUACUCUCAUUUUAUGGUUCCAGCCUUGUGUUCACUGGCUACAUAGAAAACAAUUACCAGCAUAGUAUAUGCUGUAGAAAAGUGCCAAAGCCUGAGGUGUUGCAGGAGAAGCCAGCAUGGUAUAGGUUUCUUCUGACAGCUAGAUUCAGUGAGGACACAGCUGAAGGUGAGGAAGCAAACACUUACCAGAGUCACUUAUUGGUAUGUUUCCUCAAGCGCUAUUACUGUGACUGGAUAACCAACACCUAUGUCAAGCCUUUUGUAGUCCUCUUUUACCUUGUUUAUAUUUCCUUUGCCUUAAUGGGCUACCUGCAGGUCAGCGAAGGGUCAGACCUUAGUAACAUCGUCGCAACUGCAACACAAACCAUUGAGUACACUACUGCCCAGCAAAAGUACUUUAGCAACUACAGUCCUGUUAUCGGAUUUUACAUAUAUGAGUCCAUAGAAUAUUGGAACUCUAGUGUCCAGGAAGAUGUUCUAGAGUUCACUAAGGGGCUAUCCUGGUUUGAAAGCUACUUAAAUUAUCUUCGGAAACUCAAUAUAUCCACUGACUUGCCUAAGAAAAAUUUCACAGACAUGUUGAGGAGUUCCUUCCUGAAAUCUCCUCAAUAUUCACAUUUUCAAGAGGACAUCAUCUUCUCAAAAAAGUACAAUGAUGAGGUUGAUAUAGUGGCCUCUAGAAUGUAUUUGGUGGCCAAGACCAUGGAAACAAACAAAGAAGAACUCUAUGAUCUCUUGGAGACCUUGAGGAGACUUUCAGUCACCUCCAAGGUGAAGUUCAUUGUCUUUAAUCCGUCUUUUGUGUUCAUUGAUCGAUAUUCCUCCUCUCUGGGAGCCCCCCUGCACAACUCCUGCAUCAGUGCUUUGUUCCUGCUCUUCUUCUCGGCAUUCCUGGUGGCAAACUCGCUGAUCAAUGUCUGGAUCACUCUAACAGUUGUGUCUGUGGAGUUUGGAGUGAUAGGCUUCAUGACAUUGUGGAAAGUAGAACUGGACUGCAUUUCUGUGCUCUGCUUAAUCUAUGGAAUUAACUACACAAUUGACAAUUGUGCUCCACUGUUAUCCACAUUUGUUCUGGGCAAGGAUUUUACAAGAACUAAAUGGGUAAAAAAUGCCCUGGAAGUGCAUGGGGUAGCUAUUUUACAGAGUUACCUCUGUUAUAUUGUUGGUCUAUUUCCUCUCGCAGCUGUGCCUUCAAAUCUGACCUGUACACUGUUCAGGUGCUUGUUUUUAAUAGCAUUCGUCACCUUCUUUCACUGCUUUGCCAUUUUACCUGUGAUACUGACUUUCCUGCCACCCUCUAAGAAAAAAAGAAAAGAGAAGAAAAAUCCUGAAAACCGGGAGGAAAUCGAGUGUGUCGAAAUGGUGGAUAUUGAUAGUACCCGAGUGGUUGACCAGAUUACCACAGUGUGAUGGUAUCUGCUUCAUGUAUUUUUCACCUUAGGUCUUACCAAGACCAAAAAGCUGAUGUUGAUGAAACAUAGUCAAAGUUGCUCUGUUUCUAAAAGAAUAAGAAACAAGCACUGGAAAAAAAAGGAAAAGAGGAUAUCAGGUGUGGAAUCUUUAAAAUCAUUAAAGUAAAGGGGUUGCUAUGAAAGAGAAGUUACUUAUAUGCACACGUGUGUGCACACACACGCAGGACUCAGAGUGUUUUAAAUAAGAUCAAACAGAGGAACACUUACUAAUAAGC